UUGAUAGUGGUAGUGUAAUGCCCUACUUGAUAACGGACUUUGUACCAAAGCUAGAUGGGCAGGAUUUGUUCAGCUAGUUUAUUAAGCCAACCUUCAUUAAGUGAUACCAAACUAUUUAAGUAAAAUCAAAGGUAGAGUCCUACAGCUGCUUUGUUUGUAAAAAUUAUUUAGUAAAAUACUAAAAUGGCAACCUUUUCACAAUCAACCAUUGACAAGGGAUCUGACAUUUUCCAAGACUUCUUGUGCUCGACCUGUGAAGACAAGAAACUGGAUACAAUGGCUGAAUUCUACUGUGGAUCCUGUUUGAUGUUUUAUUGCGGAAAUUGUAGUUUAAUGCACAGCCAGUUGUUUACAAAACAUGCCCCCUUUGGAAGAGGUGAUAUGAAGAAAUGGCCAGUAGCCAAGAAGGUAGAAGAUUUUCUCCUGAAAUGUGAUGUCCAUAAAGAAGAAAACCUUCAAAUGUUUUGUGAUAACCAUCAUGAGCUAUGCUGCACAAAUUGUGCAUCCCUUAAUCACAGACACUGUCAAAAGGUAACUCUUAUAUCCGAUAAAGUAAAAAGUCAGUCCACCGACCUUCAAAAACUGUCAGUUUCUAUCCAAAAUAUUCUGGAAGAAAUGAAGAAACUUCAAGAGAAAAAGGAGGCUAGUUUUCUGUCUGUGCAAAGUAAAUAUGAUGAGCAGUUAAACAUGAUACAGAAAACUCGCAAACAAAUCAAUGCAGCCUUAAACAUUAUUGAACAGAAGACUAUAAAGGAAAUGAAAGAUAUUCUCACUAAACUGCAAGCCUCUUCUCAAAGUGAUGUUGACAAAUGCAUCAGGCAUGGUAAUGAACUGAAACAACUUAGAGAUGCCAUACAAGACAUAAGUGAUAAAAGCAAGCUCGAGCUAUCCUUUAUAGCCACCAGGAAAUGCGAGGAGAAAAUACAACAGUCUGAAACAUUUCUGAAGAAGAUCUCUCUUCAGGUUAAAAGUUCAAUAACAUUCCUGCCAAACAAUGAAAUUAUACAGUACUUGUCCCAGCUUUCGGGUCUUGGGAGGAUUGAAAACUGUACCCAGACAUCGAUGGUACAAGAGGAUCCAAACAAGGUGUUCAUUGUGCAGGGGAAGUCUUUGCACAAUGUGAAAGUAUCAAGUGAUUUUGAUGGAUGCAAUUGCAUUAUAUCAGCCAUAUGUGUACUCCCAGACAGACAGGUCCUGAUUGUUGACCGCCAUAAUAAUAAUGUCAAGCUGCUUGACCAACAGUACCAGGUUGUGAAUCAUUGUAGUGUGACUGCCUCUCCACUGGACAUGUGUCCCAUCACAUCCAGUGAGGUGGCUGUGACUGUGAAUGAUACAUGUAAUUACCAAUAUGAGGUCCAGUUUAUCACGGUCAACAACAGACAGCUGUUGAAAGGAAGGAAGCUUCAGUUACAACAUGAGUGUAAUGGUAUUGCCUGUCACCAGGGAGACCUGUAUGUUUCUUCUAAUACUGCUCUGUACAAGUACACUCUGAGUGGGACAAAAGUCAGCAAGAUAUAUGAGAAUAAAUCAGACCGUAUUACAAUAGACAGGCUGGCUGUGAGUCCCUCAGGGGACAAGUUCUACAUCACAAACUACGCCCGUGGAAAGCUCCUUACCCUGGCCAGGGAUGGGUUAGUCCUGGCCACCUUCACUGACCCUGCAUUAGAACACUUGUUUGUUGUACAUGUAACCCCUGCAGGCCAGGUGCUGGUGUGUGCAGGGGACGGCACUAUCAUCCAAGUAGACAGUGAGGGCAGAAGGAAGCUGGCCACUCUUGCUACAAGUGAUGAUGGAGCGGUGAUGCCACUGUCAGUCUGCUACAACAGACACACUUCCUCUGUCAUUGUGGGACUUUAUGAGAACAACAGCAUCGUGGUGUUCAAAGUGGAAUAGCUUUAUUUUAUAUUUUUCUUGAUUUAUGAUUCUGAUGAUUUAUAUUGCCAUUAAAUUGCAUGGUUGUGCAUUAGAAAAUUGUGUUAUGACACUACACCAAUGUUAAUUUAUUACAGAUAUAAUUAUUUUGUUUACAAUAUAAUAAUGUAAAACUGGUAGUUCAAAGAUUGAAAAUAGUUUCUGUGAACAUAAGAACUGCUAUAGAAUUUAUUGUAUUGUAACUUCUUAUAAAUUGUGUUUGUAUUUCUCUUUUACUUAAAAAGUUUACAUGACUUGCUUUACAAAUUACAUUGGCCAUAGUAAUGAUACCAAUUUCUGAGUCUAUCCGAAUUGGCUGGCUGCCAAAAACCAAUUCCCAAAACUCCGAUUUACCACGUAAUUCAUGCGCAAUAAAAGAAGUUCUUCGCAGAUCUCAAUAACCUGCCUUGUGAUUACAGAACAUCACUAAAUAACAUGACAGUGUCAUAAAAAGUGUAAAUAAAUAUUAUUGAAGCAAAAUUGCUAAUUGCUAAUAGUUUUUAUUGUUUACAUAUUCAUAUGAGGAUGAGCUCCUCACUUGAUCUAGGCCGAAAGGAUACAAGUGUUUACGGAGACAGUAAGAAUAAUUUUUUUCUGAGACUUUUUUUUUAAGACAUUAUAUUUGGUUUUUAUAAACUUAUUUUAAAAUAGUGUUAUUUUAUUUUGCAUUAACAAGACAUUCCAGAAAAAAGAAAUUGAAAAAAACAACAACAAAUAUUCAUGAUCAGUCUUGGUAAUAGACGAAGUAACCGGAUAUGAUAUUUCACUGGGCAGAUCGAGCGCGCAAAUCGAGCACGAAAAGUUGUACGUGAGACAAAGUUCACAAUCUGUACACUGUUCUUUAUCAGGGUGAGAAGACUUUAUUUUGUAUACACAUUACAAAGGAAGUAUGAGUGUUUUCCUGAUCUGUUAAUUAUUUAAUAAAAACUUAAAGCUAUUUAAAGCUAUUAAAAGUGAUUUAUUUGACACAAACAAUUACAGUG